CAUGGCUGCUUUUGCCAUUACUUCCUUUACACAUACACCUUGCACCUCCCAUCACUUCAAGAAGAAACAAUGGUCUCGUCAAGCCAAGUCGAUGAAGAUUACAAACGUUAUGACUCCAAAAGUCGAAGAACAAACACACUUAAAUGUUGUUGAAAUCAAAGAUAAAUCGUCUUUGCUGAUUGAUGAUAAUGCAAAGACCACAAGGAAUGAUGAUGAUGAAGUACAAGGUGGUAAUACUACAGGUUCAUCAGAGUCUGAAGAUCUAAUUAGGUUUUCGGAUAAGCGAUGGAAGAAUGGGACAUGGGAUCUAAAUAUGUUUGUCAAAAAUGGCAAAAUAGAUUGGGAUGCUGUCAUAGUAGCAGGUAAAACAAAGAACAAAGUCUUUCAAUUACUAAAGCACCGCGAUUUUUUAAGUGAAUUAAUUUAUUCAUUAAUUAACGAUAUGUACGUUGCAGAAGCAAAGAGGAGGAAAUUUCUUGAACUGUUCCCAGAAGCAGCAACAAAUCAACAACCUGUGGUUUUUAGAAGUUCUAUCAUACCAUGGUGGGCAUGGAUGAUGCAUUCUCACCUCCCUGAAGCUGAGCUGCUAAAUGGAAGAGCAGCAAUGGUGGGAUUUUUCAUGGCGUAUCUAGUGGAUGUACUAACGGGACUUGACGUGGUAGGCCAAAUGGGAAAUUUCUUGUGUAAAACUGCUCUUUUGGUAACAGUUGGAGGUGUAAUUUUGUUUAGGAAAAGGACAGAUAUUGAUAAAUUAAAGAAGCUGGCUGAUGAAGCUACAUUUUAUGACAAGCAAUGGCAAGCAUCGUGGCAAGAUCAAUCUUCUACUAAUGGUGAUUCCAAGCAACAGAGCAAAAAAUGA